GAGUUUCAAAGGAUCGUCAGGAUCGCGGCGAGACCGGCAAGACCGGCGGGAUCCAAACAGUCGUCGGCACGACAGCACGAUUGGGCGUCAGCGGGAGCUGUUGGACGUGCGUGGGCGCCAGGAGAUUCGGAGCCGCUCAGAGGACGGGAGCAGCCGGGGCAGGAUGAGCGCUGGUGCCCCGGAGGCCGGCCGAGAGCAUCGCCACCCACAUGGGGAGCCCGUGGCACCUCCUGGCACUGCUCCUGCUGCCGACCAGCCUGGCCCCUACGCUGCACCACCGCGCCUACGCCGUCGCGGUGCCCCCGAUUACUGAGGGAGCCCUUGCACCGCCGGUCGGAGGGGUUACCGGACGAGCUUCGACCAACGACGCUCCCAACGCCACGGAGGAGUUGGAAGCGCUCAAGCACCACGGCGUCGACAGAACGGCGGCGUGGGACGCGCUCGAGUUGGGCGGGGCCGAAAGCACCGCGACUCCGGAUCGGCCGGACCUUGGGCAGGGUUCCCUCAAAGAUGCUAGGGGGCCGGCGGCGCUAGGCAACGUUUUUGCCGGGACACCUCGGGAAAGCGGGGAGGCGGUGGCCGUUGCAGAAGAUGAUGCGCGCAACGGGACGGGGGCCCGUCUGACUGCUAGACUCUCUUUAAACGGUCCGCGCCUUUCGACCCUUCGUGGCGAAGAGUCCCCUUCUGAAUCGUUGGAAACCUUCCUGGUGGCGACGUCGCCCUCGCCGGAAGAGGAUGCGUUCUCUCCCGUUACAAUGUCUGGAGACUCUAGUCAAGACCAAGUGAGAAACACAGAUGCUCCGACGCGUGCAGUUACCUCUUUAGACGACAGUGUGCUCGAAGAAGGCGUCUCGAGGACUACCGCAUUUCCCGAGGAAGCUUGGGUGUCUGACAUUUCUCCGACGCUCAACACGACGGAAGGAGUUGUGGCGCCAAAUCUGCCCUCGUCUCGGGAAAGUGAGCGUGCUUCUGAGGCACCGCCACCAAACUUGAAAGAGGCGAUGACGCUUCCGGAACGGAAUGGCAGCCGAGACUCCUCACCGACAGACAUUCCUGAGACGACGACAGAUCUUCCCAUCCUACUUGGCGAGAAUGCAUCCAUUAUUGAAGUGCAGCUUACUAACCCAGCUAAAACCCACAUUUCACCCCAAAACUCCACGGAGCUAGUUGCGCAGACCACCGGGAACUACCUGGAGCUAGACCGCAUGCUCUACCAGACAACGGACAUUCCUGAAACGACGACGGAUCUUCCCGUCCUACUUGGCGGGAAUGCAUCCAUUAUUGAAGUGCAGCUUACUAACCCAGCUAAAACCCACAUUUCACUCCAAAACUCCACGGAGCUAGUUGCGCAGACCACCGAGACCCCUGAGAAGUACCUGGAGCAAGACCGCACGCUCUACCGGACAACGAACAUUCCUGAAACGACGACGGAUCUUCCCAUCCUACUUGGCGAGAAUGCAUCCAUUAUUGAAGUGCAGCUUAAUAACCCAGCUAAAACCCACAUUUCACCCCAAAACUCCACGGAGGUAGUUGCGCAGACCACCGAGACCCCCGAGAAGUACCUGGAGCAAGACCGCACGCUCUACCGGACAACGGACAUUCCUGAAACGACGACGGAUCUUCCCAUCCUACUUGGCGAGAAUGCAUCCAUUAUUGAAGUGCAGCUUACUAACCCAGCUAAAACCCACAUUUCACCCCAAAACUCCACGGAGGUAGUUGCGCAGACCACCGAGACCCCCGAGAAGUACCUGGAGCAAGACCGCACGCUCUACCGGACAACGAACAUUCCUGAAACGACGACGGAUCUUCCCAUCCCACUUGGCGAGAAUGCAUCCAUUAUUGAAGUGCAGCUUACUAACCCAGCUAAAACCCACAUUUCACCCCAAAACUCCACGGAGGUGGUUGCGCAGACCACCGAGACCCCCGAGGAGUACCUGGAGCAAGACCGCACGCUCUACCGGACAACGGACAUUCCUGAAACGACGACGGAUCUUCCCAUCCUACUUGGCGAGAAUGCAUCCAUUAUUGAAGUGCAGCUUACUAACCCAGCUAAAACCCACAUUUCACCCCAAAACUCCACGGAGGUAGUUGCGCAGACCACCGAGACCCCCGAGAAGUACCUGGAGCAAGACCGCACGCUCUACCGGACAACGGACAUUCCUGAAACGACGACGGAUCUUCCCAUCCUACUUGGCGAGAAUGCAUCCAUUAUUGAAGUGCAGCUUACUAACCCAGCUAAAACCCACAUUUCACCCCAAAACUCCACGGAGCUAGUUGCGCAGACCACCGACACCCCCGAGAACUACCUGGAGCAAGACCGCACGCUCUACCGGGUAACGGAGGCUUCGAAGCAGACCUCCAGUGGAGUGCUUCAGGAGGAGCACCUUGAGCUUCCCACUGCUUCGUCCACACCUUUGGGAAUUAAAAAUCCGCAUGGCCUUUUGGCACUACUUACGACCCAAGCAUCCGCUACUACGGCAUCGUCGAUUGUCCACAACACCAAAGAACCCGUCGUAUUGCUCGGUCUGCCUACAACGACGAGCACAUUGGGCAGUGUUUUGACCAAUCUCGCGCAAGAUGUCCACCCACACUGGCCAAACAUUUCCGACUCAUUCCCGGGGAAUGCCGGAGCGGCUGAAGUCCGCCCUCUCGAGACCGCCUCGCCGGAAGUGCUGGACGUGUGGACGGAAGAUUCGGGGAACGGGUCCCGGCGACGGCCGGCGGACACUUCUACAGAAGAGCCAUAUGGGGUGUCGGAACCCCAAGCUCCCCCUGCCACCUCCAGUUCGGGAGAGGUGACCACGGCGAGGCGUGUGACAGACCAAGAGGAAGGGGCAUUUGCCAAUGCGUCGGUGCCCAUUGCGACGUCGGUGGAGGUCGAAGCUUCCGCCCCUCCGAAUGGUACCUUUGCGCUCGAGGAAGAUGGCCUUUGGGUACACCUCGUUUCGACACAAACAGCCACGGGGCCUGCCGUAGACCGCACGGAGGAGCGGCAACUGCCAGUCACGACGACCCCGGCCGAAAGUUUUGUGGAAGAUUCAGAAGUGCUGUCUCCUGCUAAGUCCACCACGAGCCUCGAAAGCGCAGCAGUCGGCGACGAUGCUCUGACGACGAUCCCGGCGAGAGAUUUGGACGCCGUCGAAACCCCGUCGGCCACCCAGACCGACUUCACCGAGGACGCCGCGCCCACGAACCGCCCAGACACUGUGGGGCUUACGACGCAGCUGCCAGCUUCGACCCCGCCCUGCGUGCCCCUGGAGCCGCCCCGGGGUCUCACGCAUGAGUUCCGGCUUGUCUUCCGCACGGCCUCAGAGUUCUCGUGGGAGCGGGUGGAGGCACUGGAGAGACGCAUCCAGGACUUCCUGCGGGACGGGCCCUGCCCUCGGCGCUUUGCCCGCACCGCUUUUGCCCUGGGGCCCCCGCACGUGCUCAGCUGGACCGACCCCUCGGCCAAUGCCACCUGGUGCGACCACGCCUCCGUCGAGGCCCUGCUGCGCACCAUGCGGUCCGAGUCCGGACGCCCGACGCCGGCCAUCACGCGUGCCUUUUACCCAGAGUUUCUCAUCAGCUCCGUCGAGCUGCAGCUGCGCGGCGCCUGUGCGUCCGAGGCGGGCGCCUUCCCAAUAGUUGCGGCCGUUGUUGGGGCCGCACUGUCGGCGGCACUGCUCGCGGGGCUGUUGGCCGUGCUCUGCAGGUACCUGCGGCCACGCUCCCGCAGGCUGGACGUGACCCCGGCGGGGGACUCCUUCGAUCUGAAGCAGAGGCGGCCAGUGCUGCUGCCCGGCGAGGGCGGCCGGGCGUCUGCCGACGGGACGCCGCGCAAGGCGCCCCGGGCCCCCUUUGUGGUGGAUACGGACUUCUGCUACAUCAACCCCAACUUCCUGGAGGUGGCCCGGCCCUCCCCGCCGGCACCCCCCUACCGCCCGGAGCCGCCCCCGCACGGCCCCCGCUCCGCCCCGGGCGGCCCCGACGACCUCGCCUCCUCCAGCUCCGGGGUGGAGUCCGACCCCUCCGCCGGAGAGGCCGCCGACGCCAGCUGAGGGUCGCACGCGGCCUCCAUCGUCCCUCGACCUUUAUCGAGAAGCCUCGUCAAAAUGCCGGCAUAAAAGUGUCCGAGGGAAAGGACUCUCCGAGCAAGCUGUCCCAACAGGCUGUCUGCACCAACAUCACGGGCUCGGACAUCCCACUGGCAAACACAGUAAACGACUUCAUUUUUGCGUUCCGCGAAUAUAUUAUCCCAUGGUAACAUAGAAUACCUCGCUCAUGAGCUCCAUUUUAUCCGUCGUUGGCACCUCUCUGUCAUCUGUACACUGUCGUCGCAUCGUCAUUACAUGCGGAGCUGCAGGUGCAACUGAACAGUGCCCAUUGUUGGGCGAGUUGGUGCUGAAUUUGAGAAGACAUGGUAGUGCUCAAAGACAAAGACAAAAGGAGGAGAACUGGACAACACUGCGUUAACUUUCAACCGUUUAUUUGCGAGAUGCAACUAAAUCCAUUGUGCCGUCCACUCAGCCAAUCCGGUGCCACCGCUUGCAGGAGCCUUUACCUGUUCGGUUGAGGCUACGCUGACACAUGUGCCGGGAUUAUCAAUAAUCUCCCUCUUGUCCUUGGCUAGAACGGUACACGUGGCAGAUGAGGAAGUGCAGCGAAAAGAUGGCCGUCCCAGUGUGCUCACGUGAUCUGUCAUUUAGACAUCUGCCCGGUUGUCCAACAUAUUUCUUCCCAAACGACAAUGAAGUUUGAUAGACGACUCACUCCGCACGACCAACCCAAUGGGCUCUUGUGCUUCUUGGAGCAACCCAACGGGCUAUGCGGAAAGGGUCUGUCAAUUUGCACAAUUGACGGACCCUUUCCUUCUCGACGUCGCCCUCUAAAGUGUGUUCGUCGUACCACACUAGUGCCAAUAAGCUCUGUAAGUUUCCAUUCAAAGCUAAUUAAAAGAGGAUUGAUUAAUUCAUGCUUUACGAAUGCCCUUAAAAGAAGAUGCCGCCGUGCUAUAAGUCUGACAGCAGACUGAGCGUUAGUUGGCUGCUGGGUUUGUGAAAGCAGUGCUUGUGUUUGUUGCGAUUGGAAGUCGGCCCCAAUCCAGUUGCAGCCCAUGGGAAACAAGAUGGUGGUCGUGCCAUUCACGCACAAAAUUAUGUGCAGUCUUAAAAAAGUUGUUUUCACGAGACAAGUUGGUCGAGUUGCGUAAAUUGACGGACCCUUUCCUCGAAGAAUUGCAGGGGCUUGCUUGUUGCUUGUGCAGAGGAUGUCAUCUACCAGAUUCUGUUGUUGUGUGGCAUCAAUCAAUCAAUUUAAAUUUUAUUCAAAAUGAACGCGGAACAUACUGCAGAAACACAUCUGAAUCAAUAGCGUUCUUGGCUAAUGUGGAAUCCAUUCCAAAUGUACAAAAAUAAAUUCUGUGGCGCUUAUCUGGCACUCGUGCAUGUGCCAUAGAAAAACAACUCUUAUUCAUGUUGUUUUAUAUAAAGCUCUUUAAGUAGUUUCAAAAGUUUUGCUUUCUUUUGUUGGGAUGCUUAAGAAAUUUCAUAUUUUUGUUUCAGUACACUCUAUCAUUCUUUGACCGUAUACAUUAUGAGAAAAUGGAAUAUAAAAAUUCUUUGCGUAAACAUUUCUAGUUGCCCUACUCGCAAGUGAAAUGGCAAUAUCCGUGGGUUUUAAAAUAAUGAAGCAGAGUGGGCAUUAAAUUUUGCAUUGGCUCAUAUUCUGAUCGCUCGCUUUUGUAGCGAUGUAAUUGGUUGUAUGUAGCUUUGACAACUAAAACCCCAAGAAGCCACCCAAUAUUGGAGGCGGGUGUGAAUGAUGCUAAAAUAUAUCGAUCUAAGCAUUCCACUAUCAAAGUAUUGACGUGUUCUAGCUAAAGUGUAUAUAGAGCAUCCUAAUAUUUCACAAGUUUUUUUAUGUGUGGCAUCCAAUUGAAAGAAGAGUCAAGUGUCACCCCGAGAUAUUUAAUAUUUUCAACCCUUUGAAUAUGGGUAGUUCCUAUUUUAAUAUUACCCAACCCAGCUCAA